CGAGCAAGAAAGAGCAACAGGUUAUAAUAGUUUUGAGGAAGUAUUGGCUCAGAAGCAAAUAGAGCAGGAGAAAAGAUUGCGGCAAUUAGAAUUGUUAAAAAGUUAUUCGGGUUGUUUGGAGUGUGGGAGUUGGGGAGUGGAUGCUUGGAGUUUGUUGGAGGAGACUAGGUUGGUUUGUCAGCCAUGCUUGGCUCGGCAGCAUUGGGGCAUUAAUCUUAGUGAAUGGUUGGAAAAUUUUCUGCGAUUGCCCGUGAAUAAAAGUUGUGCGGAUAAGUGGCUGAAAGAUAAGGAGCAUUUAAGUAAUUGUGCUUGUUUGGAAACAGAGGCCCGAGAGAAUUAUUUAUUGACGAGUGAAUUGUUGAAAAAGAAUGAGGAGAAGUUAAAAGAUUGUAGGUGUGAAAGUAGUCCUAAAAUUAGGGUAGAAAGUGAUAGUUGGACUUGGUGUGAAAGGUGCGAAAGAAGCAUUAAAGCCGCCAGAAAUGGAGGAGGGGCAGAGGAAGAAGUGGAGGGAGUAUUUGAGGAGGGGGAGAAAAACCAAACUAAUUCAGACCAAAAAUUCGAGCAAACUCUCCAAGAACUAGAAAACCCUAAUUAUGCGGGAGAAGGCUUUUGGUCUUUACCAGAAAACCCCACCACUUUGGAAAAAAGUAAGUAUGAUAUUUGUCAAAAAAUCCUCGCUUAUCAGCAAAAACAUAAAUUAACUGAUAAAGAAAUAGCCCAAAGAAUUAAUUUAACUACCGGAGAAACCGAGGAUAUUCUUUUUUGCCGAAUUGAUUAUUUUACUCUUGACAGACUAAUUACUUAUGCUAAUGAAUUAUUUGAACUUUUGGAAGUAAAAAUAACCAAAGCCCAGGAAAGAAAUGUUUCUCAAUUAGCAAAUGGCAGAAAAAAAAGAAAAGACUUGAACCUAUCCUUCGGUCAUGAUAAGCAGGGAAUUUCUAACGAACUAAUUAGAAAGUUGAUGAAUAAAUUGAAUGAAAUUCCUAUUAUGAAGCCAAAGAAAAGGCAUGGUAAUAGAGAUAUUUAUGUAUGGGAAAGAAUUCCUUAUAAUAAUAAAAAAUAUCUUAUAGUGUUCUGGUUCAAGGAUGACACCGAUAAUCAUUUGUGA